UUGAGAGACAUCAACUUCUGCCCACUUUGCAUUCCGGGUAGAUGGCGCCGCUUUUCCUCAAAAUAUUGGAAUGCAAGUUGGAAACGAAAAAAAAAAUGUCUUUGAGGGAUGGAACAUCAGUGCAGUUUAUCACGGCACUAUUUACAGUGAAGAAGUCGAGUCUAGUUCAUAUGCCACUAGUGUAAACAUAAUUUAAGCAACAGCAAACAGGAGGCGCAUCGGCUGGACUGCAGCAUCCACCUGAAUCUCCUCCUGCAGCCUCCGCCUCUCUGAGAGCGCGAGAGUGACGGGAACGGAGGAAGCAGAGAUUUCACCCGACCGGAGACCGGAGGCUAUGGCAGCCGGUGGCGGAUGCGGGGAAUCGGUGGAUCAUUACCGGGCCGAGGUAGAGAGGCUGACUCGAGAGCUCGCUGAAGCGAACCGGGAGAAGAUACGGGCUGCGGAAUGCGGUCUGGUGGUGCUGGAGGAGAACCAGACGCUCAAGCAGCAGUACGCGGAGCUGGAGACCGAGCAAGAGGCUCUCAAACAGGAGCUAGAGCAGCUGCAGGAGGCGUUCGGUCAGGCGUACACCAACCAGCGUAAAGUAGCCGAGGAUGGCGAGACAAAUGAAGAGACAUUGUUGCAGGAGUCUGCCUCCAAAGAGGCCUAUUAUACGGGACGUCUGGUGGACCUUCAAACCCAGCUCAACCUGAGCAGCUCCGUGGCCUCCAAUGCCCAAGCGGAGACUGAACGUCUCAACGCCCUGGUGCAGGAGCUCAGAGACAAUAAUGAGAUGUUAGAGCUACAGAGGAACAGGAUGAGAGAGGAAAUCAGAGAGUAUAAGUUCAGAGAGACCAGACUGCUCCAGGACUACACUGAACUGGAGGAGGAGAACAUCACUCUACAAAAACUAGUGUCAACACUCAAACAGAAUCAGGUGGAAUAUGAGGGUCUAAAGCAUGAAAUCAAAGUGCUUGAGGAAGAGACGGUGCUACUCAACAGCCAGCUGGAAGAUGCUUUACGUUUGAAAGACAUUUCUGAAGGUCAGUUAGAAGAGGCGUUGGAUGCUCUGAAGAGUGAGAGGGAUCAGAAGAACAAUCUGAGAAAGGAGCUGGCCCAUCAUCUCAGCCUGACGGACAGUGUGUACGGAGCCAGCACCCAUCUGGCCAUCUCUGCCGUGGAGGGUUUGAAGUUCACAGAGGAGACAGCAAGCAACGGCACGUCUGCAUCUGGGUCUAACCCCAACAAUGAUGAACGUAACCGCUGUAAUGAGUGCAAUGGGCAUGGACCAAAGGUGAACGGAGAAUUUCACCAACCUGGAGGCCGGAAGGGAGAGGUGCUGCACCCAGUGUCUGAUCUCUUCAGUGAACUCAACCUGUCUGAGAUGCAGAAACUCAAACAACAGCUAAUACAGGUUGAGCGAGAGAAGGCGGUUCUACUUACCAACCUGCAGGAGACUCAAACUCAACUGCAGCACACACAGGGCGCUUUAACUGAGCAGCACAGGCGUGUUCACCGGCUUACGGAGCGCUUCAACUCUAUGAAGCGUCUCUACAGCGACAAGGAGUUUGAAACAGAGGAGUCCGAGAAGAGCGUCGGGCCCAUUAACGGUUGCUGCGAUUAUGAGGCAGACAUCAAUGGAAUGGAGCUUCUGGAGUGCAAAUACAGAGUUGCCGUGACUGAAGUAAUUGACUUGAAGGCGGAGCUUAAGGUUUUGAAGGAAAAAUAUAACCAGUCUGUGGAGAACCAAUCAGAAGAGAGCAACCACGGUGAAGGGAAGGUCCAGGCUCUUGAAGAACAAGUGAAACGGUUGGAGAAAGCCUGGCGCGAGAGUCGCGAGCGGCUUCUCAGUCUGGAAGCGGAGCUCCGGUGUGCUUCUGUCAUGGCUGGCGAAAGUAACAGCAUGCUGAACACAGCUCAGGACGAGCUGGUUACGUUUAGCGAGGAACUCGCUCAGCUCUACCACCAUGUCUGCUUGUGCAACAACGAAACUCCUAACCGUGUUAUGCUGGACUACUACCGUCAGAGCCGGGUCACACGUAGCGGCAGUCUCAAAGGCCCUGAAGACCCAAGAGCCUUGCUUUCUCCACGUUUAGCUCGCCGGAUCGCUGCUGUUAACUCCUCAGACGUGUCCAAGAGUCCUCAAGACUCUCCAUCAAAGGAACCCCUUGGAGAAGGAACUAAAGGGGAAGGAGGAAGUCCCAACAAAACCCCGUUUGGUUCACCAAUCAAUGGUUCAUCUCUCUCUCCCUCCCCAGUGCCAGAAACAGGUGAUCUCCGUCGCGAACCCAUGAACAUCUAUAACCUCAACGCCAUCAUCCGUGACCAGAUCAAGCACCUGCAGAAAGCCGUGGACCGCUCGCUCCAGCUGUCCAAGCAGAGGGCUGCGGCACGAGAGUUGGCACCCAUCCUCGAUAAGGACAAAGAGCUCUGCAUGGAGGAGAUCCUGAAACUCAAAUCCCUCUUGAGCACCAAAAGAGAGCAGAUUGCUACAUUGCGUCUUGUCCUGAAAGCUAACAAACAGACUGCCGAGGGGGCCCUUGCAAACCUGAAGAGUAAAUAUGAAAAUGAGAAGUCCAUGGUGACGGAGACAAUGAUGAAGCUUAGAAAUGAACUAAAGGCCCUCAAAGAAGAUGCAGCCACCUUUUCUUCACUGAGGGCAAUGUUUGCCACAAGAUGUGAUGAGUACGUAACUCAGCUGGAUGAGAUGCAGAGGCAGCUGGCUGCCGCAGAAGAUGAGAAGAAGACUCUGAACUCUCUACUACGAAUGGCCAUCCAGCAGAAACUGGCCCUCACCCAGCGCCUGGAGGACCUGGAGUUUGACCAUGAGCAGUCGUACUGUGGCCGUGGAGGGAAAGUGACAAAAAUUAAGAGCAGCCCUCAAAAAUCUCUCUUAGAUUGUCAGCAGCCUGCUGGCUCAGUACCGCCAACCUCCCCACAACUGAGGCGUGGGAGGGCAUCCACGGGCCACAGGUAACCCGUCCUUUAGAGAAACUCGCACGCUACUGUUUUCUCUCUCACUCUCUUUCUAAAAAAAAAAAAUGUCACGUAGGCUCACGCAUUCACAAAUAAUAAUGUGAACAGCAGCAUCCACUUCCUCACACUUUUCCAAUACAAUUGAUAUACACUACCAGUCAAAAGUGUGUCUUUAAGGUUUUUCACGUAUUUAAAUAAAGCCUCUUGAAGUAUACAAAAAUAACACUGAGAUGCCCAGCAUCCUUUCAUCACCCUCUCAUCCUUAGUUGUCGAAUAUAGACAACGCUCUUUUCGUCCCAUACUACUUUGCCUCUUAAAAGCUACUUUCUUUAGAAUGUGCCCCUGUGUGUCUGUCAAAAGGGAGUUAAUGUUCGUGUCUGUAUCAGUGAAUUGUGCUUUUUUUCUAUAUCACCGUUGCGCCAGUUUAAUAGGAAACAGGAUGUGGCGAUUUCACUUUACACCUACUCAUCGCCACUGUUUCUGUUUUCUCUCCCUUCUGCCUGUGUCGCUUGUGUCUUUGUAGUCCUAAUGUGUUGUUAGCUCUUCAAGAGGACCUGAUGACUGCGGCCAACACCAGACUUCCAUGCGAUCCUUUCAACUGUCUGGCCCAUCAUUCUCAUUUUUUUGGCCCUUAGCCUCUUGUCGUUGGACUCCUCUCAGAGACAGAUGAAGGGGGUGGAGCAUAUCAGUCAAUCAUGACCUCCAGCCAAUCAGAUGCUCCAGAGGAGCCCGCACAGUCACCGAAAUUGGAUGAAUUAUUUAGUGAUGCAUAUUGUAAGUACUAAUUAUCAUCUCGAGUGAGAUGAGAUCAAACGGAAAUGGACUGAUUUAUACCUAUUUAUUUCACUAUUUAUUGCAUUAUUUAUUUGUGUUUUUGUUUAUUUAAGAAUAUGUGUUUUGUGUCUGACUGUUUUACUAUGAAUAUGAUUUUGAAUAUGAAUGCAGCUUUUCUUAGAAAUACACUUUUAAACAACAUAAAUUUGUGUUAAUUACAUCAACCCAGGAGUAAUAUUAUGGUGCAAGGAGACUUUUUAUCAGUCAGAAUUAAUAUCUUUGACGCACAAAAAAAGUGUAACAUGCAAGAAAGAUGUGUUUGCAGAGUUGAAGAGAGGUGAAUGUAUUAUUGAGAAACAUGUACACAUAAUUUUCAUCAAGUAGAAACAACAUCAGUGAGAUAUUUGUGUGACUUUGAUUUUGACCUUCAAGCUCCUGAUGUGAUUGAGUUUAGCUAAUCUUAGCUUCUUUAACGUCUUUGCACAUGGAAUUUGUUUCUUUUGUCAUUUUUUUAACAGUUUAUUGCAAUGCAUAAAGAUUAUAUUUUAUACCUGAAUUAUCUUUUUUUAUUGCCGAAUUGAUGUCAGAUAAGUCUUUGAGGAUUGAGUGGACAUAUAGGCCUAGUUCAGGGCCUAUUUUUUUGAGGGAAUAGAGUUAUAGCUUGAGUGAGGCUUGAUCCAAGUGCACUGCUAAAUUUGAACAUGAAGUGGGUUUAUUAUUCUCAGUUCUGCUCCAAAGACAGCAUACAAGCCCUAUUUACUGUAUCCCAUAUUCACUAGAACCUCUUUACAUAUCUCCUUCUCUCUUUUAUUUUCUUUUAUCUUUAAGUUAUAUCCAACCUUUACCCUAUAUAUAGCACAAACACAUUUAUCUAUGCAUUUAAAAAAAAGGCACAGGAUCAUUUUAAUGCCAUUUGGACAUCUGUCCUCCAACUGCACCAUGAUUUGUACCAGCAGGACACGGAUAAAUAUCAGAUGUCAUUGUUUGUAUACAGCAGCAAACCACAAAAACACAUUUUCAGUCUUGCUGAUUGACUGAAAGGUUAUUGAUGGAGUUAGAUGAAGAAUCUAUCGGACGCUUCUCAAAGCAUAACUGUAUCCAUUGUGGAACGAGAACAAAGAUAGUCUGUUUAAUGACAUGCAAAGAAGGAUAUAUGGCAACAAUGGUUUUAUUCACAAUCUCUCUUAGCUCCCAGUUCUCAGUUUCUGUUCAGUAGAGCCCAUUCAUUUGGCGUUUUAGACUGUACCCAUUUCUUAUUGAGCAUUUCCAAUGAGUUUCAGUGUUAUUAACUACACAUUGUGGUAGAUUUGUUGCAUCUUAAGUGUAAUUUACUGAGUAACACCAUCAAUGUCAGAUGGUGUGUACUGGUGAAAGUAUGAUCUUGCUGCAGGAUUUUUAAUGUGUACAGCUACAGUCAUGAGCCACAUACUUUUCUUUUAAGUAAAAUUAAAAAACAAUAUUAGUUUUAUAUAGUCCUGUCCUGAUUAUUUGACGAUUAACAUUAUUUGACGAUGUGUGUAAAAGGUUUUGUGUGCACAAUGUAGUAGCGCGUCAUAGCUUACAUUUGUCUUUGCACCUUAUAUCAAGGUCUAGUAAGGAAAAAAUAAACAAAUAAUUAACACA